AUGUCUUCUCCGGCAGGUUCGAUAUCUGAUGGAUUAGAAUUAGAUUCAUUAGAUUCUGAAAGUCUGUUUAUGGCUUUGACUAAUGUCGAAAAGGCAAUACCAGAAUUAUUACUUUGUAUCAAACCGAUAUUAUCACAUCUUGUCUCUCCCUCUAACCAAGUUGAUGGAAAUGAUGAUGAAGAAACUAGUGGGAUCGAGGCGAGAGAAGCUGUUGAGAGGUAUAUGACUUUAUUAGAUAAAAUCCAAUUCGUACUUCGUCAAACGGUGUAUUACUUGCACGCAACUCGAAUAUCACCUCAGACAUUACGUCCACCCGAAAUAAAUAAUAUUCCAACACCAUUCGCAUCCACUCUACCUUCAUCCCGCCAUGGCUCAGAAGGGUUGAAAGCUACAGAAGGAGACGAGAGAGGAGUGGAAGUGGGUUUGUACGCCAGUAGGAUCGAAGAGAGGGUUCUUGGUCAGAUGGCAGCUGCUCUAAGAGCUCUCAAUGACGAAGGGAGAAAUAUGUGA